AUGGGAUUCAACAGGCCAGAUUUUGAAAACCUGCUGUGGUGUGUUUUUGGCUUCUCAACAGAUGAAGAUGAGGAAGACGCGGAGGAGGAGGAGGAAAUAAAGGAUAGAUCUCUACCCAAGUGGCAAAACUGGCUUCAUGUUGAACAUUCUCGUGAAGGAAGGCACUGGCUGCCUUGGCGGCCGGACAAAACCAAGAAGGAGACAGUAGAUGAUUGUGAAGAUCCAGAGAGACAGGUGGGUGUCAUAGGGGUGUUGUUCCGCCCCCUUGAUCAUUGUUGUUGGCCUGUUCUGUUCUGUUGCGCUCAUGCUUUUCUUGGAGGCUUCCCACAGGCAUCUGGUUGGCCACUGUUGGAACAGGAAAAUAGACUAGAUAAGCCUUUGGAUUGAUCCAGCAGGCUCUUCUUACGCUUUUAUGACAUGAUAGAAGUUUGUACAAUAAUGCAUAAUGUGGAGAGAAAGUGGUCCUGUGCCCCUCUGGAUGUGCUGGACUGCAACUCCUUCCAUCCUCUUGACCAUUGGUCUUGCUCACUGGGGCUGAUGGGAGUUGGAAUCCAGCAACAUCUUGAGGGCCAGUGGUCCUUCCUUCCUGGCAUAUUGCUUUCCUUCUUCGCCCUGCCUCUACUUCCACAUCCUUCUCCUGUUCUUUUCCCUAUUUUCAAAUUUUAGAUUGUAAGCUCCUUGGGACAGGGACCUGGCCUCUUCCACUCUGUAAAGCACCAAGUAACGUUGUAGGCUUGUUUUACGCUUGCAUUUUUCUUGCCCUCUGAAUUCCACUUCUUGAAUGGUUUCUAGGAUUAUUCCGUUUUCUUUCUAAAAUUCCUUCCCUUCGUACCUAACUGCAUUUUUAUGUGUGCUUGACAGGUCCUAUUCGAUGACCUUGGUCCAUCGCUAAUACAAAUUUCCAGCCCAGAUCUUCAGUUUCAGCUGCUCUGCUCGUUUCUGCAAUUCUUAGGUGUGCCAUGUGAGUGCAGCCUCCUUCCUUCCUUCCUCUACACAGCAAUGGAUGAGAACAACAUCUUUGAGGAUCGGCAGCAUGGCCAAGGACCUCUGACUUCUUUUGACCUGUCACUUCCCGGAGUCAGUAGAAUUGGCCAGAUGGACUCGAUGCUCCAAGGAGUUAGACAUAUUGGCCACCCCAAAGAAGGGGAGGAGUUCAUACAGAAUUUCUUCCAUAUGAUUCUGCCUCUGCUUUCAGGAAAAGAAAAAUCUAAUCUAUCCAACUUUUGGCUUCAGUAUGAAGUCUCUAAGGUAAGUUGGGAUUUUAUUUUUAAAUUCUUCCGCCGCCUUGUACGAACAGCAGAUGUACAAAUAUUAGCAAGCUUCCCCCUUGGCUGAAGCCAAGCCAGUCUUGAGUCUUGUGAGUGCCUGAUUCGGUGAUCAUCCGGGAGCUGUCUUGGGUUCUGUGAUGGAACAAGGCAAGAUGUACUUGUAAAAUAAUUAAUCAUCUCUGUAGCAAACACCAGACACUCUGGAGUGGCUUGCCCUGGCUAGCUGAGGAUCCCCUAGAAAUUCCUAGGAUCUAGGGACUAAUAGAGAAAUACAUUUGGGUAAAAUUAUCCCUAAAGCACUCCAAAAAUAUGAAGCCAUUGUGUAGGUUAACCCUUCCUUUCCUGCCCCCACCCCAUAAUUUUUCUUUCCUGCUCCAGUUCCAUCCCCCAGAGCUUCUACUUGCCAAAUGGGGUAAAAGUCCCUAGGCCAGCUAUGUGGAACUGCUUACAAAUAAGCAAAACAAUGAACCUGGUUGUGUUUUUCCUUGGCUGCUUCAUCAUUAUUAUUAUUGAUUAACAUGCAGGUUAUUCAGUGUUUGGAAACAGGCAACAAAAAGAAACUGAAAUGGCAAGGGAAGAGAAGUAAGAAAUUAGCCAAGAACCUUCUUAAGACCCAUGAGAACAGAAACGAUGUCUCCCUUUGGCGACUCUACGCCUACCUGGAGUGGUUGCUUGGCAAUGUAGAAGAUGCUAGGAAAGUUUUUGAUAUGUCUCUGAGCACGGCGGGAACGGCUGGGAUCCAGAACCCCCAGCUCUGUAAUCUGGGCCUGCUUUAUGCCGAACUGGAAGCAGAGUUGCUGGGGAGCCAGGAGGGAACGCUGGAAUCUCGCGCCGUUCACAUAUUGACCAAGCUGGCCGAGCAAGGAACUUACACGCCAUACAGCGGACAGACAUUAUCCGUGAACGUUUUGAGAGCUCGGAAGACAUACGAGCAUCUUCUCCAGGAUUACUUGAGCGAGAGAGCCACCUCUAAACAAGAACAGAUCUGUGGCUCCGGCCACCUCGUUGGCUUGGUUGGUUGUUACACCCUUUUCCAGUAUUUGACUCUCGGGAUUGAUUCUGCAGUGUCGAUAUACAGGCAGGUUUUUGAGAAGCUGGAAGGCGAAAGCUCUGGCGGUCAGAACUGCACUGCCAGCCUUGAAGCUGUCGCACUGAUGCAUGUGCAUUUGCUCAGAUACCACAUGAGAACGAGCGUCUAUCCUUUGGCUCCUCUCCGCGAAGCACUGCUGGAGGCUUUGAAGAGGUAUCCUAGCAACCAGCCUCUCUGGAGAGCAUAUAUCCAGAUCCAACGCAAGUCGCACAACGCUAGCAAAGCGCGGCGGUUUUUUGACAGCGUUGCAAGGGCUGUGAAGUCGCUGGAGCCGUGGCUGUUUGCAAUCAAAGCUGAGCAGAUGAGGAAAAAGCUUGUGGAAAGUGUCCAAAGGUAACAUUGCAGCUUACAGAUGAUGCAUUUCUCUGCCUCUCUUGCUUAUUAAUUGGCACAGGCCUAUUCCCCUUUGCAAAAGUUAAUUUCAUUUCUACGUGACAUUUGUAUCCUGCCCAAGGAGCUCUGGCCAGUCUUUUAAAUCUCCAGAACAGCCCUCUGAGAUUUGAUUUGCCCAGGGAUACAAGGUGAACUUCAUGGCCAAGUGGAGAUUCAAGCACAAAUUUUCCACAUCAAACAUAGGCUGUUGCCUUAUAUUGAGUCAGACCACUAACUGGUAGCAACUUUCCAGGGUUCUGGGCAAGAGAAAUUCCCAGCCCUUCUUGGAGCUGCUGGGUUUUGCACCUGGGACGCUGUACCAAUGAGCUAUGCCCUUCCCCAGUGCUUAAAGCAUUGCUAUACUGCAUUGUUGCUUUCUGCAGGGUUACAUCCACUUGCAUUUCUUCUGUUGUCACAAACAUGUCCUCCGACAGCCUUCCCCAGCCCUCCAGAUUAUUUAUUUUGCAUUCCUCUACAUCACCUUUUGCAAAGAACAAAACAAAAAAAACCCCUGACUUCCCAACAGGUUGCACCAGAACAAAACAUAUUAAUAGGAAUUACAGAAAGCAGAUAAAAAUGCAAUUAACAUCCAGUUUCAUACUGGCAGUCGGUAUAAAACAUAGAAGGACUAAAGGCUGGGAAAAGUGAAAUUAAAUUAAAAAUGACCUCAGGAAGGUUGGGAGCGCAAGUAAGUCUUCGCCAUGUAGCAGAAAUCAGCUAUCCGCAUAUCCAUGGGAAGGGAGUUCCAUGACUGGGUGCCACCACGAAGAAUGCCUCGCUGUGCAUUACCACACAACCAAGGUUGUUGGACUACAGUUCUCGUUAUUCCUGACCAUUGGUCAACCUGGAUGGGGCUAAUGGAAGUUGGGAGGCCAGAAUAAUCUGCUGAGGUUGGGGAGGGCUGCUGUACGGUAUAACAAUAAUUUAAGAGAAUACUAUGGUGGGGUGUGAGCAUGGACUGGAAACUUGUUGGCCAACCUUGGGCCAGUUACCUCCUCAGCCUAACCUAACGUACAGGGAUGUUGAGGGGUGCAGAGAAGGAGGAGGGUGCUCUUUAUGCUGCUCUGAGCUUGCUGGAGGAUUUAAAAAGAAGCAGCAUAGGAUUGCAUGCAAACAUUAACAUGAGUGGUCAUGCCCCAUGACUUUCCUACCCUCUUCUCCCCGGUGCAGCUCCUUACACACAAGGCCUUGGAGUUGUAGUGUGAGGGGAGAUUUCUAAAACUCAGGGAGCCAGUGUGAUGUAGUGGUUAAGAGCAGUGGACUUGUAAUCUGGGGAACCGGGUUCACGUCUCUGCUCCUCCACAUGCAGCUGCUGGGUGACCUUGGGCUAGUCACACUUCUCUGAAGUCUCUCAGCCUCACUCACCUCACAGAGUGUUUGUUGUGGGGGAGGAAGGGAAAGGAGAUUGUUAGCCGCUUUGAGACUCCUUUGGGUAGUGAUAAAGCGGGAUAUCAAAUCCAAACUCCUCCUCCUCCUCCUCCUCCACUCAUACAUUUGGAUGCAAGCAAGGGGCCACUGCUCAGUUGGGUAGAGCACAUCCUUUGCAUGCUGAGGAUCCAGAGGUCAUUCCUGGGCAUCUCCACCUCCACCAGGUGACAGGAAAGACCCAGCACCACAUGUAGCUCUUGGGGGCAAGAAGGUUGCCCAUCUCUGCUCUCGAAAAAUCUCCAGUGUGAGUUUGUCUUGGAAAGAAGAACUGUGUUCAUUCCUGGACCUGACCACUGAAAACACUGUUCAUUCUCUUGUUUUUCUGUGUUUCAGAGUAGCCACUGGCGAUGUGUACGCAACCAUCCCCGAAACCGGGAUAACCAAUCGAAUCAAAGCUUUAUUUGAACAUGCCAUUGAGACUGAAAACGGUGCUCAUUGUCCAUUGCUUUGGAGGCUCUAUAUAUACUUUAUGGUGAGAGAGUGCAGCCCCCUCUCCCCCCCCCCCCGCUUUAUUUUAUUAAGUGAUUCUUGGAUGCUGUUUUGUAGAUUAGAAGCUAUAGAAAAAUUAACACUUAAAAAUGCACCGUAGGGAUGUUAAUGCAAAUCUUAACAUAGAUUAUUAGAAAACCUUUUUAUGUAAAAAAUAUAUGGCUCAGAUCCCAUGUUGAUCCUCUAUUCAUGUAAGGAGGAGGGCAGUAAUUUUUGACAGCUCCCCCUCCUGACCAUUCCCAGUUGAGUUAGGAUAUAGACAGUCUAAAUAUGCAUAGAUGUUGUAUCACAUCAUAUAAUAUUAAUAUACAGUUCUUUAGAGUUAGAUUUCUCCCUGAGAAUUUCUCAGUCUGAAUAUUUAAUGGUUCUUUCUUCAAUUCUAAAUGAAAAUAACAUUGUUUAUGUACAUAGAGUUCUGCAUUAUUAUUAUUUUUAAAUGUAUGUUUGAAAUGCAAAACUUUGUCUUAUUUCUUUCAGGUUUCUUUAGGAGAUAAAGGAAAAAGUAAAGGAGUGUUUUAUAGAGCGCUUCAAAACUGCCCCUGGACAAAAGUAGGUUUCUUUUUUAAAAAUGUAUGUAUGUAUGUAUGUAUGUAUGUAUGUAUACAGUGACAACGCAAUAGAACAUGUGUCUCUGUUAGGGUCAAACCAGAUUCCUGAUUAUUUGCAUAGCUGGUAAAAUGGAACUAUUGUUUAUAAUUGACAGUAGGUUGCAACAGGUUCUGCAAUAGUAUGGUGGGUUUUUUUGUGGGGGGUGUUAAAACUGCCCAGAAAGCAGGGAAACUGAAGAGUAAAUCUAUGAAAUAUGUAGUCAAAGGAAUAGAGACUUAAAAGUUUACAUGACCAGUAUCUAAUAUACUGUGAAUUAUUCCUGAUUCUUGACAAGUUUGGUUUUAACUGGACUUGGUGGGGAUUUUUUCAAGCAUUUCUUCGUGACCUAUAGCACAGAUAGCAAAUCCUUACGUUUAAUUUUUUUCGAUGGAAAACUUGAGGCAUACAGAAUUGGAAUUCUUUUUUAUUUAGUUUUUUAUGGACCAGACUCAAGAGGGUCAGAGUGUGCAGGCUUGGAGGGUGGGAGCACUGGAAGGCAUAGUGUAGUUUGGAGCAAGGACGCGAGAUCUGCGGCACCGUGGAAGGGAGCUGUACCCACCUAUCCUAAACAGCUUAGUUGCCUUGUUUUUUAUUUCAUUAGAGCUAGGUUUGUCUUUUUCUUUUUCUUCUCUGCAUUUCUUCAUGACCACCCCCUCUUUGGCCAUGAAUUUGCUCUCUUGUCAAAUAAAUUCCUGGCCCGACUUGUGCUGUUCCACAAGCAUGGCAGAUUGAUUAUUUUCAAUGUAAUACUUAUAUUCGUAGGUGCUGUAUAUGGAUGCUAUAAGCUAUUUUCCAGAUGAGCUGCAAGAGAUCCUUGAUCUAAUGACUGAGAAAGAGCUGAGAGUGCGGGUACCAAUUGAAGAGCUGGAGCUACUCCUGGAAGACUAGAGAAUGAAGUGAAGACAGCAAGUGGGCCUUGGCUUGAGCCUUCAGUCUCUACCCCUGGGGAGAAAAUAAUUCUCCACUUCCUUUAACAGAUGAGAAAUGAUUAUUUCCCUUAUAUAUUUUUCAGCACAGCUAUCUUGUGGUUGGUUUUCCCAGUGCUGUUAAGCGCUCUUGUGCAGCGAACUGCCAAGAUGGGUGA